AAAUAAGGUCGGGGGCUGUACAUUUCUAGGUUAAAUCAGAAGCCAGCAUCUCUCUCUCUCUCUCUCUUCCCUGAAUCAGAAUCAGCAAAGAAUGGCGACUGGUGAUGAACUGCAUUGAACUGAUUAGAGUUUGAGAAUGCUUGGCAGACUCGAUCGGCGACUUGCUUCUGACGAUGAGAUCUGUCUCCAACGAAGCAUCGGACGCUUUGGCCUGUUCUUUCGAACAGAUAACCUUCAUAGAUUUUGUUUUGUUUUCUUUUUUUGAUUUCAUACACAUCCAGAUUUCAAGCAGCAGGCGGAACUGCUUAUUUCCAAGUGUCUCAAACAUUGAAUCAAUGAUUUACCACAUUUGCGGUCUUGACCAUUUCUUCUGCAAAGAAAGCUCAAGACAAAGCGGCUAUGGUCGCUUACCACAGACCCACUUCGUCUGCGGAUCCCCCGACCACCUUAAUGCUCCUCCUCCCCCUACUCCACCUGUUCCCCCCGCUGCUAGUGCUUAUUUCUCUCCCUCCUCCUCUGGUUGCAGACAAAGUCGAGGUAUCGAUGUACAAGCAUGAGCCACUCAAAAUCAUCAUGUGACAUGGUGAAGGAUUACCUGUGUAAAAAUUGAGCGUCGGGAGAGAGAUCCGAGAUUUUGAAGCUCUAUUUGAAGCAAAGGUAUCCUGAGCUUUAACGGACAAGCCUGGACACAUGCAAGAUACAAUACAAUAGGGUAAAUAUCCUCUUUCUGAUCAAGAAGCAGAAGAUAAAUAUAUAGCUGCAGUUCACACAUGGAAACACAUUGAUUUGAUCGAGAAUAUCAGCUCCAAAAAGUUGAUUCGGGACGUGAGGAAAUUGCGGCCAAAUUUAAUUCUAAGGACUUCUGAGAAGAAGCUUACUAAUGCUUUUGAAUAGUCCAUGGAUGGGAAAAAUUUAUAUCUAUAUGUGGGUGGAAAAAUAUGAAUGGUCUUGAAGAAGCCAUGAAUCAUAUUUUGUGUUUGUGUUGACAUAACAAUGGCUUCAAAUAGUUAAUUCUCAUUGACGAUGAGAUUUGAGAGUUGGUGUAUGUGUAACCUUUCUAUGGUCAUGAAUGGGAAAUUUGUAUCUAUAGUUUAUGCAGGUAGGAAAAUACAAUGCUUUUGAAGAAGCCAUGAAUUGUAUUUUGGUGUUUGUAAUUUGGAAGACAUUGUUUCCGAUUUGCUGUUGAUGUACU